AUGCUAGAGACCCUCUCCCAGCCAGAGAGACUGCUCUCAGUCAAGUCGAAAUUCGAUGCUGAGUUCAGACGAUUUGCCAUUUCGACGGGCAAAACGCAAUACGAUGAAUUUAAAGAUAAGGUGCGGAAAAUUCACAAACUAGACUCUAUUGACUUCAUAAUCACAUAUUCAUCAAAUGGAGACCUUUUGCCUAUUAACAAUAACGACAAUUAUCACAAAGCGCUUCAAACCUCAUAUGAUGGUGGAAUAAUCAAAGUCUACAUUCACAGAAAAAAUACCAUCGACCUAGAAGGUUAUGGAACAUCAACAGUUCGCAGAAGAAAGGGUGAAAAGGCACCGGUCAUAUCAACCCCAGUUGACUUUAGACCUGUUUCUGCAAUUAUCGAUGUUGAUAUUCUUCCCGAAACUUUACGGCGCGUUCGUCUUCACAAACAUGGUUCUGACAAGCCUCUAGGAUUCUACAUUCGCGAUGGAUUUAGCGUGCGUCUGUCUGACAGUGGCGUCGAAAAAGUGCCCUCUAUAUUCAUCAGUAGACUUGUCAACGGAGGAUUGGCUGAAAUGACGGGAUUGUUAGCAGUCGACGAUGAAGUUUUAGAAGUAAACUCGAUAGAAGUAGCCGGCAAGAGCCUCGACCAGGUGACCGACAUGAUGGUUGCUAACUCUGCGAAUUUGAUAAUCACCGUAAAGCCAGCUAGCCAGAGAGACACGAUACCCAAGAACUACAAGAAUCUAAAUUACCCGCCACCGCCCCUCGAGAGCGACUCUGAGAGCGACGAAGACGAAAUCCGAGAAAUGCCGUCGCCGUCGAUGGCGCCAAAGAAGACGCGUCCUAAGGAUUCGAUAAAAGCACAGCGGGACAAGGCACCGGUCACGUUAAUUCCAAACCCUAAAAAGCCCGAGCGUGGUGUGGCGAACGCCCAGCCAAGCCAAAUUGACCCAGCAUCAUCGCCAUUCCCUAACGAUUCCAAGCUCUUCCAAAGCUUCCUCUUCCGAUUCGCAAUCUAA